AAAUUGUUCCUCAUUGCCUUUGCUGUGAUUGCAGCUGUCGCUGCUGACGUCAGCCAUUUGCCCUCCAACGAAUACUUGCCACCCCAGCAAGUUUCUGUGGCCCCUGUAGCCCCUCAGCCCAGCAACGAAUACUUGCCCCCUGUUCAACAACAACAACAAGAGGUCCCAGUUGUUGAAGCCGCCCCCGCUCACGAAUUGGCCGAUGAUGGCUACCGUUACAAGACCCACCGUCGCGUUGUCUACCGUCGUCAUCGUCGUGAUGUCAGCCACUUGCCUUCCAACGAAUACUUGCCUCCUGUCCAACAAGAAGCCGCCCCUGUCUACGAACCUGCUCCCGUAGAACAAGUGUCUGUUGUUGCCCAAGAAGCUGCCCCCGCCCAUGAAUUGGCCGAUGAUGGUUACCGUUACAAGACCCACCGUCGCGUUGUCUAUCGUGCAAACCGUCGUGAUGUCAGCCACUUGCCCUCCAACGAAUACUUGCCGCCUGUCCAACAAGAAGCCGCCCCUGUCUACGAACCUGCCCCCGUAGAACAAGUUUCUGUUGUUGCCCAAGAAGCUGCCCCCGCCCAUGAAUUGGCCGAUGAUGGUUACCGUUACAAGACUCACCGUCGUGUUGUCUACCGUCGCAACCGUCGUGAUGUCAGCCACUUGCCCUCCAACGAAUACUUGCCUCCCCAACAAGAAGCCGCCCCCGUUGCCGCUCCCACCAACGAAUACUUGCCCCCUGUCCAAGCUGAUGCUGAACCCGCUCAUGAAGUAGCUGCCGAUGGUUACCGUUACAAGACCCACCGUCGCGUUGUCUACCGUCGCAACCGUCGUGAUGUCAGCCACUUGCCCUCCAACGAAUACUUGCCUCCCCAACAAGAAGCCACCCCAGUUUACGAACCUGCUCCCGUAGAACAAGUUCCUGUUGCCGUUCAAGAACCCGAGCCCGCCCAUGAAUUGGCCGAUGAUGGUUACCGUUACAAGACCCACCGUCGUGUUGUCUACCGUCGCAACCGUCGUGAUGUCAGCCACUUGCCCUCCAACGAAUACUUGCCCCCUGUCCAACAAGAAGCCGCCCCUGUCUACGAACCUGCCCCCGUAGAACAAGUUUCUGUUGUUGCUCAAGAAGCUGUCCCCGCCCAUGAAUUGGCCGAUGAUGGUUACCGUUACAAGACCCACCGUCGUGUUGUCUACCGCCGCAACCGUCGUGAUGUCAGCCACUUGCCCUCCAACGAAUACUUGCCUCCCCAACAAGAAGCCGCCCCCGUUGCUGCUCCCACCAACGAAUACUUGCCCCCCGUUCAAGCUGAUGCUGAACCCGCUCAUGAAGUAGCUGCCGAUGGUUACCGUUACAAGACCCACCGUCGCGUUGUCUACCGCCGCAACCGUCGUGAUGUCAGCCACUUGCCCUCCAACGAAUACUUGCCUCCUGUCCAACAAGAAGCCGCCCCUGUCUACGAACCUGCCCCCGUAGAACAAGUGUCUGUUGUUGCCCAAGAAGCUGCCCCCGCCCAUGAAUUGGCCGAUGAUGGUUACCGCUACAAGACCCACCGUCGCGUUGUCUACCCGUCAGAUUCAGUUUCUAAUAAAAUCUUUAUUGCUUUGUGCGCCCUGGUGGCCGUGGCAACUGCUGAUGUCAGCCAUUUGAGCAGCGAAUACUUGCCACCUCAUGAAGGUCAUGCCUCAGCUCCUGUAGCUUCCUAUAGUGCUCCUGCUGUUUCCGCUUCAUACUCGGCCCCAGCUGCUUCGUAUUCUGCCCCCGCUGCUUCGUACUCUGCACCAGCUGUUGCUUCUUACUCUGCUCCAGCUGCUGCCGCUUCCUACUCCGCCCCAGCAGUCGCCUCCUACUCCGCCCCAGCAGCCACCUCCUACUCGGCCCCUGCCGCAACCUACAGCGAAUCUUAUGACACCGGUGCUUCUGCUCCUGCCCACACCUUCUCCUCCGCCGAAGGUUACAAAUACAAGACCAACCGUCGUCGCGUCUAUCGUCGCCGUCAUCGCCGUGAUGUAAGCACCGAAUACUUGCCACCCUUCCAAGGUGCUGGUUCUGCUCCAUCCAGUGAAUACUUGCCACCAGCUGCUUCUGCUCCAGCUCCAUCAUUCGCUGCUGCCCCAGCUGCUUCAUACUCUGCCCCAGCUGCUACCUAUUCCGAAUCUUAUGACACUGGUGCUUCGGCUCCAGCUCACUCCUUCUCAUCGGCCGAUGGUUAUCGUUACAAGACCAACCGUCGUCGUAAACUUUUUGUUGCCCUCUUCGCCUUGGUCGCUGUGGCUACAGCCGAUGUCAGCCACCUCAGCAGCUCAUACUUGCCACCCCAUGAAUCUCACGCUUCGGCACCAGCUCCAUCCUACUCGGCUCCAGCUGUUGCUGCCUCUACUCCUGUAGCUUCGUACUCGGCACCUGCUGCUUCUUACUCAGCUCAAGCUUCAUACUCUGCCCCAGCUGCUCCUGCUGCUUCUUACUCAGUCCAAGCCUCGGCUCCAGCUGCUUCUUACUCUGCCCCAGCUGCCGCUGUUUCCUACUCUGCUCCAGCUGCUGCUUCUUACUCUGCUCCAGCUGCCGCUUCUUACUCCGCUCCUGCUGCUACCGCUUCCUACUCUGCUCCUGCUGCUGCCGCUUCCUACUCUGCUCCAGCAGCCGCAGCUCCCGCUGCUUCUUACUCUGAAUCCUAUGAAACUGGUGCCUCUGAGCCUGCCCACACCUUCUCCUCGUCUGAAGGUUACAAAUACAAGACCAACCGUCGUGUUGUCUACCGUCGCCGUCAUCGUCGUGAUGUCAGUGCUGAAUACUUGCCUCCCGUUCAAGGUGCUGCUUCUGCCCCAGCUGGUGAAUACGCUUACUCUGCCCCAGCUGCUUCCGCUCCAGUUGCUUCAUACUCUGCUCCAGCUGCUGCUUCUUACUCCGCUCCAGUUGCCGCUUCUUACUCUGCCCCAGCUGCUUCCUACUCUGCCCCAGCUGCUUCUUACUCUGAAUCCUAUGAAACUGGUGCCUCUGAGCCAGCCCACACCUUCUCCUCGGCUGAAGGUUACAAAUACAAGACCAACCGUCGUCGUGUCAUCCGUCGUCACCGCCGUUUCUAGACUGUGAGACUAUUUAAAAUAAAAUAGUUAUCACCUAAGCAAUAGAUACAAUUGUAACAAUGCCAUAUAGCUCAAUU